GCCGCGGCAGGAGGUUUGUCCCCGCGCGCGCGCCGUCCCGCGGCCCCGCUGGAGAGCCGCGCGGGGGAGAUGGGCGAGACCAUGUCGAGGAGACUGAAGCUGCACCUGGGAGGGGAGGCCGAGAUGGAGGAGCGGGCGUUCGCCAACCCCUUCCCAGACUACGAGGCCGCCGCCUCCGCGGGGCUCGCCGUCGGAGCGACCGAGGACACGGGCUGUGCUCGCCCCCCGCCCGCCACGGACGAGUGUGGCCUCCUCUUUCACAGCGACGGAAAGAUCAUUCAUAAUUUCACAAGGCGGAUCCAGACCAAAAUCAAAGAUCUUCUGCAGCAGAUGGAAGAAGGGCUGAAGACAGCAGAUCCACAUGAUUGCUCUGCCUACACUGGCUGGACAGGCAUAGCCCUUCUGUACCUGCAGUUGUACCGGGUCACGUGUGACCAGACCUACCUGCUCCGGUCCCUGGAUUACGUAAAGAGAACACUUAGGAAUCUGAAUGGCCGCAGGGUCACCUUCCUCUGCGGAGAUGCCGGGCCCCUUGCUGUAGGAGCUGUGAUAUAUCAUAAACUCAAAAGUGAUUGUGAGUCCCAGGAAUGCAUUACAAAACUUUUGCAGCUCCAGAGAGCCGUUGUCUGCCAAGAGUCAGAGCUUCCUGAUGAGCUGCUGUACGGACGGGCAGGUUACCUGUACGCCCUCAUGUACCUGAACACGGAGAUCGGGCCAGGCACCGUGUGUGAGUCAGCUAUUAGAGAGGUAGUAAAUGCUAUCAUUGAAUCGGGUAAGACUUUAUCAAGAGAAGAAAGGAAAACUGAGCGCUGCCCCCUGCUGUACCAGUGGCACAGGAAGCAGUAUGUCGGAGCAGCCCACGGCAUGGCUGGGAUCUACUAUAUGCUAAUGCAGCCAGCAGCAAAAGUGGACCAUGAAACCUUGACAGAAAUGGUGAAACCCAGUAUUGAUUAUGUGCGCCACAAAAGAUUCCGGUCUGGGAAUUAUCCGUCCUCAUUAAGCAAUGAAACCGACCGCUUGGUGCACUGGUGCCACGGUGCGCCAGGCGUCAUCCACAUGCUCAUGCAGGCGUAUAAGGUUUUUAGGGAGGAGAAAUACUUGAGAGAGGCCAUGGAGUGCAGCGACGUGAUUUGGCAGCGUGGUUUGCUGCGGAAGGGCUACGGGAUCUGCCACGGGACUGCCGGGAAUGGCUACUCUUUCCUGUCCCUUUACCAUCUCACCCAGGAUAAGAAGUACCUGUACCGAGCUUGCAAGUUUGCAGAGUGGUGUCUGGAUUAUGGAGCGCACGGGUGCCGCAUUCCUGACAGACCCUACUCCCUCUUUGAAGGCAUGGCUGGCGCCGUUCACUUUCUCUCCGACAUCCUGAGACCAGAGACGGCACAGUUUCCAGCGUUCGAACUUGGCUCUCCGAAGAGGGAUUAAAAGGUGCAAAAAGACAACUAAGAUACCUGUUUGGACCAAAAGCCAUCAGAUUGCUUAGUGCCUGACACGGAAACAACUAUGAAUCCUGACAGAGAAAAAGAAAAAGCAGGCACCUUCACAGUCCCCCUUUUGUUGCAGAGACCCUCAAGUUAGAGCAUGAGUGACAGAAACGUCCCGUCAGCAUUUUGUGACAGUGUCCCCUCACCUGUGUAAAAUACGACUUCUUCACACCCAGCUCCUCUGUGGCGUCUGCAUGUGUCCGCGUCCCGUCCUCUGCUGUCCGGGCCGAGCCGGCUGCGCGUGCUGUGUGCAGCCGGGCUCCUCGUGUGCACAGGCAAGGAGCAGGCCGGCCACGGCUCCUCUGCAUCGGAAGGGUUGUCUGGGGCGGGCCGUGAUGGCGUGUUGUCAGCCUUCCAGACGGGCGUGGGAAAGACCCCGGAGCUGAGGAGAGACGCGGAGCCCAGGGCGGGAGGGGCGUAGGGCCACAGCUGCUCGCCUCCUCUUUGGGUUUUGUGCCCGCCCUGGUGUUUUUAGGAAGCCCCAGGAAGGCACUGCAGCUCUGCUGGGGUCCCCGUUCUCAGCAGGGGUUUCAGGUACUUCGUGUCAAGUCUGCAAGGCCCGUGCAGCCCGGCGGCCUCCCAGGAGCAGACCUGGGGCCAAGGGCCGCCGGCGGGGAAGCCGCCUGGUGACUGAGUGCCGGCAGCUCUAGAGCGUUUGCCAGGUGUCUGUUACUGCAACCGACUGCGCCUCAGUUGUAUCAACAUUGCAAACGUUAUUGUAAGAACGGUGGCUACAGUUGCAGAUGGGUAGGAAACAGAAAGAUACUCAAUUGGACCCAUGUCCCUGCAGUUAAGUUUAUUUUAGACUUUUGGUCAAUAUCCAAGUACAAAUUUAGGAUGAAUACAUUUCAUAUUUUUUGGUCUAGGGUGGUAAAGUCAAAAGUACUAGUCUGAAUUUAUAGAUAUGGGGAAACAUAAUGAUCUAACCAAGAAAAUUAGGGUAUUAUCUGUCUGACAUUUUUUAUUUAAAACAUGUGGGCAGUAAUUUGGAUUAGUUUACCUUCAGUGAUUCUGUCAUGUAGAUUUCGGUUUUAGAAGGGUUUCUGUCAUCAUGAUACAAGUGGUCCAGGGCUUUCUAAGUACUCUUGUGAGCUAAGGUGUGUGUCAUAAAAGACAAUAUACAGGGCGCUCGGACGGUCUCAGGCCUUGUCUGCAGGGCCUGCCUACGCAUGGACCAGCCUGAGUCCCCACUCCUUUCGUGAAGGAGAAAGACGGUAGUCGGUGGAAAGGACAAGCCUCCUGUCCCUGUGCAGCUCUCUGGGGAGCUGGUACCCAGAACACGUGACCUUCGGUUUCUAAGUGAUGCCUCCUGAAUCCAUUGCAGACAUUCUUGCGUCUAAGUCAUGAUUGCUUUCUCUCACAGAGACUGAUGACUUCCGUGGGUAUUAAUCCUCACGAUUGCAUUUUAACUGACUCCCACACCCUGUGACGUGAAGUGGGUGCACUCUCAUGGACCCGCUGGGGGACCUCAUCCCGACACUGUUCCAUCCUCCCCACCCACCUCAUCGGAAGACCACGCACACCGCAGAGCCCACUGGUGACUUCUGCCUGCGUCCUUUCUCAGGGGUAGCCGGUCAGGGGCCGCAUGGGAGUCACCCUCGGCUCCGCAGUAGCCCUUCUCAGCAGGGAGGAGACAGUGGUGACCCUGGCCCCAAUGGGCCAAGUGUCUUGACCAGGAGCAGCAAGGGUAACUCUUAUUUAUCUGGGUGUCUGCCAGGCACUUAAUCACAUGCACAUUUGAAAAUACUCGUCUUUCUGACUGGCAUGCUGAGGGAAAGAUAAAGUACCUGUGGAAUAAACGGAGGAGAUUUUAUUUAUGGGGCUUCUUAAAGCCAGCUGGGUCGACACCUUCCCACUCUCCCACCACACACUGACAGGUGCGCUGCCCCGUGAGACUCUGCAUUGAGCCCCUUCCUGCGUCUGCUCCCGCGCGGCUGUGUGACCGCAGCUCCCACUCUCGGUCCCUGACGGCAAAGCAGAAGUGGCACGUACUGCACAGGACAGAGACUUGCAAAAGUCAGCUUAAUAGUUAAUAAGUGUUUGAAAUAAGAUUUCAGGUCAUCUCCAGUCAUUUCUAGAAUUUGUGUCCACAACUGUGUUUUGCAAAAUGUGUCUAAACUUUAAAAAUAUGUACAUGCACAAUACCGUUUAAAAUUGAAAGAAAAAAAGUUGAUGUCCACAAAAAGUGUGUGGGGUCUUUGGUUUUGUUAGUAAAAGACAGUUUUGUGAU